AUGGCCGAUCGAGAUUCGUUUGACAAAAGCCAAUCCAGAUUGUCGCCCGUUAGCUCUUCCAAUUCACAACAGCAAGAUACGAGACAGCAGGGUAGACUGUAUCUCCCUCUCUUAUUCGAGCCUGGAAACUGGGAUGUCAUCUGCCACAAUGGAAGAGAGUUCCAAGAGCAUGUGGGCAACUCGAGAUUCAAACUCUGUAUUGAGCGUAACCUCGACAUAUAUAUGAAUGCAGGCUCUCGGCUUGAAAGGUCCACAAUAAUCACUGACAUUGUCACUGGCAUCCGAGAGGGUGGCGGUGGCUUUGUUCGGUACGAUCAAGCAGAAAUGAGAUGGUAUGAUGUUGGUGACAAGAUAGCACGAGAUAAGGCUGGGCAAGCACUGCGAGAUUCUCUUCGUUUACGGAAUGAUGAACGGAAGCAAGUAAGGGCCAGUGGUAUGCAGCAGCGUGUCGAAACGUCCAAGUUUUCCAUGCCAGAGAGGACGCCGCAAGCGAUGAUAAGCAAUCUCUCGGAAACAGCACCCACGAUAAAGAUGCUCACUGGAAACGAUAAGAUUGCCAUGAGAUCAGAUGGUCGUCAGUUGUCACCUACCGAUCUAUUUCAUGGCAUCAGUCCCCCAAAAGAUCUAACAGAAUCGGCAGAGUCCAGCCCUGAUACUCUGUACCAGUUGAGUAAAGAAGUUACUUCGGUGGAUAGCUCUGCGUUGAAAAAUGGAGAACCGCCUACCCCAGAAGAAUGGCUUACACUAGAGAACAUUGGAUCCAAGCAUGAUUAA